UUCCGGCCCUACAAACGUAAACAAUUAUUGCAUGACUAAGUAUGCCUAUGACCUUGAGACUUGAUGAAAGUUAAUAUAUCUGGUUCAUUUACUGUGCUCUUGUUUACUGAGACGUGCUCCAUAUAUUAGACUGGAUAACAACAGAGAAUUGCUUCGUUUAACAGUUUCUGAAUAAAAUCGAGUGAAGUUGGGGUUGUCGCCUUUGUAACAUGAGAAAAUGGAUGACAUUGACGGUGCUAUGUUUUCAAGAGUUCCUUUGAAGGAAAGCUUGGAGAUGCUUGUAGACUACUCAGCAUUGUCAGUUAAGGGAUUCAGUCAGGGUUACAGUAAUGAGGACAAGUAUUCCAAGUUGGAGAAUUCCAACAGUACGCCUCAGUUAAAUGAAAAACUACUCAAAUCAGGAUAUAAGUGCAAUGAAGAAACAAUCAUCAAAAGAGAGUCGGUAUCUUCAUUUUACUCUGUGCCUCCGAGUAAUAAAGAUACAGAAACUCGAGUCAAGUUAAAAUUACAGAUACCGCAGUUGUCCUCGAGAGCCUCAGCACCGUGCAGUCUUAAUACUGAAUGUGUAAAUGAACAUGUUGAUAUAAGUACAGGACAAAGUAACACUGACCGCCUACUAACCACUCCACAAAGACCAUUGUUUAACAGAGUUGCCGAAACACAAAAUGUCUCUUCCGAACAGUUACAAGUCAUUGAUCCAACGAAGUCAGACAGUAAGAACAUUGUUUUGCCAGAUCUUUUUGGAGAGAUGAAAGCAGAAAACAACACGAGGGAGGAAUUGCGCAGAGAAAUACCACAUAGAGCUGUAUUGUCUUCAUCAGGUAGUAUCGGGCGCUCCAACUCAUUUGGAGAUGUGGAUUCCAGUUUGGAUACUGACCAUUUAGCCAAUGAGCUACCACCUUCUUCUAUUCUUAAAAUAUCUGUUGAGAUGAAUAAAUCUGACAGUGAAUCUGUACCCGAUUUGGAGAAAGGUCUACCCAAGAAUAGGUAUAAGUCCAUCGAAUCCAUUGAAACUCCUAGCCGAGUAAGUUUUGUAUCUUAUCUAAAUGAGAAUGAUGCAGAAAAUAUUGUCGAGGCAACUUUAUUUACAUUAGAUAUAAAAACACAAAAUGACCAGAAUGGCAAUGUGUCGACAGUCGGUCUCAGUGACAAAACAUGGAAGAACACUGGCACUGACGCGACAGAUGCUUGUGGUAAACAGUGUACUGAAAAUACGGAACAUGUCGUCGUUGACAAUAAAACGGACAGGUUUUAUGAAAGCAGGCCACCAGUGGAUCCUCUAGAAAAUAAAAGCUACAAGUUUUGUAACACUAGGACACCUUUGGACCCUCUAGAAAAUCAUAUCAUACUGAAAAACAAUAAGCAAACGAAGCGGAGGAAACCAAUUGUAUGUCGUAUCAUAACUGGGCUUGCAGUUCCUAUAUUGUCAUUGGUUGUAUACAUUUGGGAUAUUGGGUCUGAUAUAAGGCUAGCCAUCGCAUACAAGGAACAAGGUGACAUCAAUCUGUUCUGGAUAACAACGGCGUGUAUUGUCAUUCCUGUAAUACUGAUGUCCAUAGUGGAUAUAUCCUGGUUAUGGCUAGACAGACCUCCGAGCAGAGUCAGCCAUAUUGUCAGAUAUAUACUCGGAGUGUUCACUCUAGGCAGGAUCGUCCGAUCAGUUACCUAUAUGUGGCACAUCAUAAAGAGCAAAACGCUCAGCAAGAAAGAAGAGAAACUUUGGCACAAGAAAAGAGCGACUGAAGAGAAGAGAGAUUGUUUCAUGCUGGACUUCAUCAACGCAUUUGCAGAAUCUGUGCCACAACUGUUUGUACAGCUAUAUCUUAUGUACGCCUUUGACCUGCAACUGACAAAAGUAAGAACUUUGAAUCUCCUGUCUUCGUGGGCCAGUAUUGCGUGGACAUAUUCAGCAUAUUAUAAGUGUAACAGAGAAGUUUUAGUUGGAAAACAAGACAUUAAAAUAACUGGUUUCGCAAUAUUUUUCAUGUCUGUCCUAUCUGCAUUAGCAGCUAGAGUUAUUUCUGUUGUUUUAUUUCUAAUUUAUUUCAAAACUUGGAUUGGUAUUUUUGUGCUAUCUGUACAUGUUAUUUACAUGUUAUUGUGGAUUAUAUUCAAAGAAAAACCUACGCUUGAAGGGACCACCUCUUCAAAAUUUGGAAAAUAUAUGUAUUGUAUUUUCUUUGCCUACGUUUCCCUUUUAUGCUUCUUAAAUUUGAGGAACAGUAAAGCCAGGUUUAGAAUGGCGGCCUUUUAUUUACUGAUAUAUAUUGAAAAUUUUACAUUUGCAGUGCUUUCAUUUUAUAAGAUGUAUACGUCCGAGGUUCGAAAUGAUAAAUUGCUUAAUUUGAUAGCACUUCCCGUUGGUUUCGUUUUACAUGUUUUCCUGUUAGUGCUAUAUUAUCAAAUAUUUCAUCCGAAAACAGGUAGAAGUCGAUGAUACACACCUGCAGUUAUCAUUCCAAACAUCUAAACAGUUUUGUAAGUCUUUAUUCAUUAAACAUCUCUGUUUUUCCGUGCACUGUGUGCUUAAUGUUUAGCUCACUUGAGCAUACAGUGCUCUGGAUGGGCUAUUGUGAUCACUCUCCGUCCGUCGUCCACACUUUUCUUCAAACGCAAUAUCCUCUGAAACUGUAGUGUAGAAGCGAUAAAACUUUGUCUGUAUGUUCCUUGGGUGGGCUUCUACCACAGUUGUUCAAUCGGUUUCAUUUGGCUGCACAUAGGGACUUCCAGAGCUAAAACAAAAGUCUUCAAACGACAUCUGCUCCUUAACAGCUGGUUUGAUUUUAAAAUAACUUCACACAAAUAGUUCCUCAGUGUUCCUCUACCAAGAUUGUUCAAAUUAUUCCGCCAGAGGUCAAGGUCACUUUUCCCCAUGUAUAUAGUGGAUUCAUUAAAGAUAUUCUUAUAUGAAAUUACCGCCCUUUAUGACGAUUGUUCAAAUUAUCCUGAUUCAUCAAAAAAACAUGGCCGACAGGGGGCGUAGUCACUUUUCCCUAUGUGUGUAUACUAUAUAGUAAACACUUUAAAGAUCUCAUUGUCAGAAACUGCCAUCUAUCAAAGCUGUUCAAGCAAAUAGUUGAACUCAGGUGCGCGAACUAGGACCAUCAUGGCCCUUUUGUUUGACUUAGAUUUGCAUGAUAUAAUUGGUCCGAUAAAUUCUCAAGGUAAACCCUUGCUGAUCAAUUCAAAUAUGUUACAUACUAAUUAAUACAAACUAUUUGUGUUUUGUAUUUGUUAUCCUACCACAAUAAUAAAUAAAUGUUUUUUCUCAAUGUCA